GAUGAUAGAUGGUGUCCUGUAUAGGCGUAGACAAGAGGAGAACCGAAACCUCUAUCAAUUGGUGCUACCUGUGGAGUUAAGGCCCAUAGUUCUGCAGAGCUUACAUGACGAAAUGGGACACAUGGGUGUUGAACGGACUUUAGAUCUUGUUAGAUCCAGGUUCUAUUGGCCCAAAAUGGCCAUUGAUGUUGAAAAGAAGAUCCACACCUGCGGCAGAUGUGUCCGCAGAAAGGCUCUUCCUGAUAAGGCCGCUCCUCUUGUCAAUAUCCUGACUACCAGACCACUUGAACUGGUCUGUAUCGACUUUCUCUCUAUUGAGCCUGACAGUAAGAACACCAAAGAUGUCCUGGUCAUCACAGACCACUUCACAAAGUAUGCCAUAGCGGUGCCAACACCCAAUCAGAAGGCCCGCACAGUAGCGAAAUGCCUGUGGGAUACCUUUGUAGUCCAUUAUGGCCUACCCGAACGCCUGCAUAGUGAUCAAGGCCCUGAUUUUGAGUCAACUCUCAUAAAAGAGCUUUGUGCCUUAGUAGGAGUUCGGAAGUGCAGGACUAGUCCAUACCACCCGAGAGGCAACCCUGUCGAGCGAUUUAAUCGUACUCUACUAAACAUGCUUGGUACAUUGAAAGACAAAGAAAAGUCUCACUGGAGUGACUUUGUGAAAUCUUUGGUCCAUGCCUACAACUGUACCAAGAAUGAAGUCACAGGGUUCACUCCCUACGAGCUGAUGUUUGGUAGACGUCCUCGACUACCUGUCGACAUUGCCUUUGGACUACCUUUGGAGAAAAAUCAAAACCAAUCUCAUUCCCAGUACAUGACUGUUCUAAAAGCACAUCUUGAGGAAAGCUAUAGACUAGCCACUCAAGCUGCUGCAAAGAUUGCUCACAAAAACAAAGUGAAGUUUGACAAACGGGUCACAGAGUCUACACUCAAUGUAGGUGAUAGAGUCCUGGUGAGGAACGUUCGGAUCAGAGGAAAGCACAAACUCUCUGACAAGUGGGAGCCUAUGGUGUAUAUUGUUGUCAAAUGUGCCGGUGAACUCCCAGUUUACACCGUGAAACCUGAGAAUGACGAAGGUCCUCUUCGAACUCUUCACAGAGAUUUGCUGCUUCCAUGUGGAUUCCUUACAGCAGAAUCUGCCAGAGAUGCCGAAUCUGCUACUGCCUCAGAGAAACUUAGGAGACCCAGAACAAGACAAACCCCAUGUGACAAGAUACAUGAUGACACAAGUGAUCUGGGUGAUGAAGAAGAUGACCAGAUACCAGUUUUUUACCCUCAUCAUCUUGAACCCUCAGAGCCGAUAAGGUUUACAGUUGAGUACAAUGCUAACAGCAAAGGGGACACGCAGAAGAAAAGUAGCUCACCGAAGUUGCAGAGUGACCUAGAGUCGCAAUACUUACCUGUAGAGAUCCCUGUCAAAGCUGUAGAGUCAUACUUACCUUUAAAAGAUCCUGUGGAAAGAAGAGCUAAAUACUUACCUGAAAGUGUACCUGAAAAGAAUUCUGCAAAAGAAAGAGUUGUAUACCCACCUGGAAACUUACCUGAGCUGAAAGACGCUGAGCACUCACCUGUUCCUGAAGGUCCAACAAAAAGUUCAGAUCCCAGAGAAGAAGAAAUGUCAGUAAUCCCUGAAACAGUAGAGUCUGAUUGUGAAACUGCAGAAGUGCGAGAAAAUUCACUUUUCUCUGCAAAAGACAGAUGCUCACCUGUCAUGCUGAAGAACUCAGACCAGGGUAGACCUGAUAUGACUGAGCCCCAAGCUGGAACUGAAACUCAUGUUAGGAGGUCAAGUAGGGAUAGAGUACCUGCUAGAAGGUUUCAUUACCCAGAAUUAGGGAACCCCCUAGUUACAGUGGUAACCUCUUUAUUUCAAGGGUUAAAUUCUGCAAUUGCAAAUUCUUUGAAUGGCCUUGCAGGCGAUGACAUUGACUCAGAUACAGUGAUGCAGUUAGCAAUGCCUGUCACAGCACAGCCCACGAGAUAUGCAACGGGACGUGCAUAUAUUUAGGAGGGGAGAAUGUAACCCCCAUUUCAUGAGAGCUACAGACUGCAUAGUUUAGAGUCUUUGGGAGUUAAAGGGUUAAGUUAACUGAGUCUGGUGUAAUAAACUGCAGCCAAUCAUAUUAGGAAGCUUGGCUUGUCCCGCCUUAGUUGCUUCUGAUUGGACAGAACUACUGCAGCUAGAAGUGCGGUUCCCCUCAAUCAGUCUCUCUCUCUCUGCGUGCUCUGGAGGAAGAAGCUGUGCCCCAAAGUCAGCUAGAAAGCUGUGUCUCACAGUUAGCUUAGGAAAGUGACCAAAAUAAGCCUCUUUUGAUAAAAGAGUGAACUAUUUAAAGCUAGAAGCAUCACCUGUCCAUCUAAUGGGCUGGAAAUUCGUGAAUUGUGCAAAAACCUGACCUAUGAACACCGACUAUCUGCUGAAGCUGGUUCUAGAGCUAUUGAGGGUAAAGGACCAAAAAGGAUACCCGUUCAUCCAAGAGGUAUAUUUCCAAUAAGUUGUGUGUAAUGUGUGUAAAGAAAAGAACUGCCCUUGUUGAUUUUUUUGAAAGGUUUAUUGAAGUUUAUAUGUACAUUGUAAUAUGUUGUGUAGCAUUAGAACCUGUGAAAAGAGAAAAAAAAGUUGUGUAAAUACUGUUUAAACAUAUGCUAGAAUACAAGAAAAAAAAAGUAAAAUACUUACCUGUUACGUUCCUGUAAAAUCUGUAAAGGGAAAUGUUAAUACUGUUAAUAAGAGGUUUUAUUUUAUAUUAAGGAAAUUAUUUGGGGUUAUAUGUUGAACUGAAUGUGACUACAGAGUAAUGGUCAGUGAUAUUUAGAAGUAAUAGUUUCUGUACCUGCUUGCUUAAGCAGGUCAGGUUUUUUUUGAGGGCGCUGGAAACCUGGGAGAGAAGAUUCCCUCAGCAUGACUUCGGACCCUCUUCUGUGAAAGCGAUGGCGAGCCACCCAAAGGAGAACUGAGCUAAAAGACUACUCUUGAGUCCAUUUCAAAUUACCUGGUCACGUGGUAGGACAAAGAAAAGUGAUUGAGAGACUGAGCUUAUUUUAUUUUUAUUUUAUUUUAUUUUAUUUAUUGUUUCAACACAUUUGUAUUUAUUUAUUGUGGGUUUACUGAUUUACUGAAGUUGUUGGGUUAUUGAAAAAAGUAGAACUAGAGGUGUAUAUUCUGAACUAAAUUUUAUUAGUGGAUCUAAAUAAACAAAUUAACUAAACUAGCAACUAAUAGUAAAUUAAAUAAUAUUGAACUCUGUCAGUGUAAAAGUUUAAAGUAUAAAUAGCUAAA